AUGACUGACAAUUGCAAAAUCUCAUCAGUGAAACUUACAGUUCUUACUCUCCCAUUAUUUUUUGUAGGUAAAAAAUACCCUUCUUUAAUUUUUGGGACACCCAAAUCAUCCAAGGCUGUUCUUGGAAAAAGCAGUCCUCUCUGGCAAUACAUACUGGAUCACUCUUUGCGGGAACACCCCAUUCUAAAGAAACUGCGACUGCUCACCGCAGAUCAUCCCUGGAGUAAAAUGAUGGUGUCCUGUGACCAGGCACAGCUUAUGGCAAAUUUAGUCAAACUUAUCAAAGCCAAGAAAGUUAUUGAAAUAGGUGUUUUCACAGGAUAUAAUACCUUGAAUAUGGCACUUGUCUUGCCAGAUAAUGGCAGAGUUAUUGCCUGCGAUAUAAACGAAGAGUACGUCAAAAUUGGAAAGCCACUGUGGAAAGAGGCAGGAGUAGAGCAUAAAAUUGACCUCCGGAUUAAGCCAGCAAUUCAAACACUUGAUGAACUGCUGGCUGGAGGAGAAGCAGAGACCUUUGACUUUGCUUUCAUUGAUGCUGAUAAAGAGAGCUACAAUGAGUACUACGAAAAAUGUUUGCGCCUCAUAAGGAAAGGGGGAAUAAUAGCUAUUGAUAACGUUCUUUGGGGUGGAAAGGUACUAAAACCAAGAAAGGAUGACUUGGCAACCCAGAGCAUUCACCACCUCAAUGAGAAGCUUCUCAGAGACACACGAGUCAGUAUCAGCAUGAUCUCAAUGGGGGAUGGAGUGACAUUAGCAUUCAAGUUGUAACUGCAGGAAUCUCAACAGAUGGGAAACAGCAAGCAGCAUCAAAUCAUCAGGAAAAAUAAAGGCAGAAUACUAUCAAAAAUGAUCAUUUAACCUAUGUCUCAACAGGAUAACGUAGCCUGGGGAAAGCAGACUUUAGAAUCAGCAGGAUCCCUAAGGGCAGCUAAGUUGAGAAGAGAGACUUAUUUUGAGAUCUAGUAUGGCUUCUUAUUUUAAUUACAAUAAAGGAAGGAAACUUG